AUGGGCGCGCUCAAGUCGCUCGACACUGCGAACAGCCCCUCCGCGCUCCGAGCGGGCAUCGCCGCUGCCAUGCCGCACAUGGGCGCGCUGCCUGCCUUGGCCGACGAGGUUAGCGCGGCGGAGUCGAAGCUGGAAGAGCUGUCUGUCGCCUCCGAGCCGGUCGCGGUGGAGCGGAGCGGCAUGGCCGUUGCCGCCGACUGGCCACACGAGGGCGAUCAGCUCAAGGUGCUCCCCAUCCCGCUGGCGCCCUUGCAAGAGGCGACGGAGCAGUUUAGCUCGGCGAGCAUGGUGGGCAAGGGCGGCUGCGCCAGCGUCUACCGCGGCGCACUGCCCCACCCCGAGGCGGGCAGCUGCCUCGUCGCGGUCAAGAAGAUGCACGAGGUCCACUCGAGCUCGGAGCUGCAGGCGCUCGAGCGCGAGAUUACCAUCCUGCGGCAGUGCCGCCACCCGCACCUGCUGCCGCUGCUCGGCCACUGCCUCGACCUCGCCGCGCCGUGCCUCGUCUUCCCCCUCAUGACCGGCGGCUCGUUAGAGAGCCGGCUACGGCUCGCCGCCGACGACUGCGCGCAGCUCCGUCGGCUCGGUCUCUUCGCCGACCGAGAGCCCAAGCCGCUGACGUGGCGGCAGCGGCUGCGGAUCGUGCGCGAGGCGGUCGGGGCCCUCGCCUACCUGCACGGCGCGAUCGCGGGCGGCAAGCCCGCCGUGAUCCACCGCGACUUCAAGCCGGCCAACAUCCUGCUCGACGAGCGGCUCACCGCGUACCUCUCGGACACGGGCUUCGCCAAGUCGGCGGCGACGGGUGCCGCCGCCUCGCUCACCACGCGAAGCGGCGCGUGCUACACGCCGGGAUACGCCGACCAGUUCAUCCUGUCGGGCGAGGGGCACAGCGUGAUCACCGACGGGUACGCAGUGGGGAUCACGCUGCUCGUCAUCCUCACCAACCGAUCGCCCCUCGACAUCAUCACGAAGAUUGAGGCCGAGCAUGACGCCGACUUUGAGGACAUCCCCGCCGAGAGGUUUGCGCAGCCCGCCUGGCCCACGCACGUCGCCCAGAAGCUUGCGGCGCUCGUGCACUCGCGCAGCGACGGGCUGUGCCACCCGAAGCGUCGCAAGCGCAUCGAGCUCGCGAGGCUGGGCUCCGCCGCGGCGGCCACCGACGGUGCCGCCAAGGUGCGCGGGCUACAGCGCAAGUCGUCCGACGCCUUCGACGCCCUCGUGCGCCGGCUCGACGCCGUGUACGCGCCGCACCGGGCGCUGGCGCCCUCCGAGUUCAAGGUGCGCCUCGACUUCUGGCGCGGCGCGUGCGCGAUGCCCGAGCGGCUGCACGCCGAGAUGCACACGCUGCGCGUGUGGCGCAACGCGGCCGAGCACCACGACGCCGAGCGGUGGGCGCGCGACGGGCCGAGCGGCGACGACGAGUUUGUGCGGCUCGUCGAGCGGCUCGGGGCGGCGGUGGGCAAGCUCGAGGCGGCCGCACGGUGA